CGCUGCCUCACAUCUCAUCUUCUCCUGCAGGUUGGAAAACUAAAGGUCUGCGCCUUGGACCGGCUGUAGUGCUUGUUCUUCUGUCAGUAUCUCUAUCUUUUCCUCCCUCAUCCUGCAUCAUGCUGCGCCCAGUUACCAUCCACUGUCUCUUGUCCGCUUUGCUGUGCAUGUGGGCGUUGUGCAGUGCCCAGUCAGACUCUGGCACCCCUGUAAUCCAGCUACGAUUAGCUGGGGAGAAGCGGAAACACUAUGAGGGCCGGGUGGAGGUGUUCUACAAUGGAGAAUGGGGGACAGUGUGUGAUGAUGACUUCUCCAUCUACGCUGCCCAAGUUGUGUGCAGAGAGCUUGGCUUCAUGGACGCAGAGUCCUGGUUGCCUUCGGCCAAGUUCGGAAGAGGAGAAGGCCGUAUUUGGCUAGACAAUGUGCACUGCACUGGUAGAGAGCAGAGCCUGGCGGAGUGCGAGUCCAAUGGCUUUGGGGUGUCUGACUGCAAACAUUCAGAAGAUGUCGGGGUGGUGUGCAACCAGAAGCGCGUUCCAGGCUUCAAGUUCAUCCGGAACCAGGCCACCAGUGAGACGGGUUUUACAGUGCAGGUGGAGGAUGUGAGGAUCAGGGCCACCUAUUCUCACAGGAAGAGGAUUCCCAUCACUGAGGGCUUUUUGGAGGUGAAAGACGGAGGCAAGUGGAGACAGAUCUGUAACGAGGAUUGGACGGAGAUGAAUAGCAGGGUCAUCUGUGGCAUGUACGGCUUCCCUGGGGUGAAACGCUUCAAUACCCGACCCUACAAAUUGCUGGCCAAGCGUCGUAAGAAGAACUACUGGGGCUUCGCUGUCAACUGCACAGGCAACGAGGCCAACCUGUCUGAUUGUAAACUGGGCAGGGAGAUAGAGCUGAAGGGCAACAGCACCUGUGAACAGGGCAUGCCUGUAGUGGUCAGCUGUGUGCCUGGACGUGCCUUUGCUCCCAGCGUCAGCAUCGGCUUCAGGAAGGCCUACAGGGUGGAGCAACCCUUGGUGCGUCUCAGAGGCGGAGCUAUGAUAGGCGAGGGGCGAGUGGAGGUGUUGAAGAACGGCGAGUGGGGUACAGUCUGUGACGACAACUGGAACAUUCGAGCUGCCACUGUGGUGUGUCGAGAGCUGGGAUUUGGUAGCGCCAAAGAGGCCCUGACUGGUGCCCGACUGGGACAAGGGAUCGGGCCUGUCCACAUGAAUGAGGUGGAGUGCUCUGGGUUUGAGAAGUCACUGACCGAGUGCUACUUCAACCGGGACUCACUGGGCUGCAGCCAUGAGGAAGAUGCGGCCGUCAGGUGCAAUGUUCCUGCCAUGGGUUUCCAAAAUAGACUUCGGUUAAGUGGUGGCCGUAACCCCUACGAAGGCCGUGUGGAGGUCCUGGCAGAGAGGAACGGCUCUCUGGUGUGGGGCACAGUGUGCAGUGACAGCUGGGGGACCAUGGAGGCCAUGGUAGUGUGCAGACAGCUGGGUUUGGGCUUUGCCAGCCACGCUUUCCAGGAAACGUGGUACUGGCAAGGAGAUUCCUCAGCUGAUGCGGUGGUGAUGAGUGGAGUGAGGUGUUCAGGCACCGAGCUGACUCUGGAACAGUGUCUACAUCAUGGAAAACACAUCCACUGUCCCAGAGGAGGUGGACGCUUCGCUGCCGGGGUCUCAUGUACUCAGACGGCCCCAGACCUGGUCCUGAACGCUCAGGUUGUAGAGCAGACCACCUACCUGGAGGACAGGCCCAUGUAUGCUCUGCAGUGUGCCCAGGAGGAGAACUGCCUUUCCAGCACUGCUGACAAAGCCGACCCCAGCUCCUACCGCCGCCUUCUCCGCUUCUCCUCCCAGAUCCACAACAACGGCCAGUCAGACUUCAGGCCGCGGGCUGCACACCAGUCCUGGAUUUGGCAUGAAUGUCACAGACAUUACCAUAGUAUGGAGGUUUUCACCCACUAUGACUUGCUGAGUCUGAAUGGCACCAAAGUGGCAGAGGGACACAAAGCCAGCUUCUGUCUGGAGGACACCUAUUGUGACGAGGGUAUCCAGAAACGGUACGAAUGCGCAAACUUUGGCGCACAAGGAAUCACAGUUGGUUGCUGGGAUACCUACAGACAUGACAUUGAUUGUCAGUGGAUUGACAUCACAGACGUGAAGCCCGGCGACUACAUCUUCCAGGUUGUGAUAAAUCCCAACUAUGAGGUUGCAGAAUCAGAUUAUACUAACAAUAUUAUGAAGUGUCGCUCCCGGUACGAUGGACAACGGAUAUGGACGUACAACUGUCGUAUAGGUGGCUCAGUGAGCUCAGACACAGACGAAAUGUUCCCUGGACUGCUGACCAACCAGCUUUCACACAGAUAGACCCCGAGAUGGACAUCACAGACGGACGGACAUUAGGGAAGCGAAUAUAAAUAUUUUGACAACCACUAGAGGGGGCUGUACUGCUUUGCUUCCCUUGAGAAAGUGCUGGAUUGAGGUUGAGCUCAGGGCACAGCAGCUACAAUGGACAAUGAUUCAAUGGGGAAAAAGACCUGCUUGCUAACUAAAUUUAUUAACCACAUUCAGCUGUACAAAAAUGUUCUUAUCUCUUAGUAUCUCUUGCCUUUGUUGUCAGUGAAAAGUAGGUUUUGACCUGGUGCUUAUUGGGAGGGAUGUCAGGGAGGAUUUGCAGCCAAAUAAUUUAUUAAAUUAACUGUGCAAACAGUCGAGUUUUAAGCCAAAGUUUCAAGCAUUUGGGGAAAGCUUCAAAUGAAAAAAAAAAAACAACAAAAAAAAAACAAAACACAAUUAAAUGAAACCUUCACCUGCAUGUUAGGUUUUGCUUGGGAUGGAUGAAAUCAGUUUGCUGCUAAAUCUGGUGCUACAGGUGGUCAGAAUCUUGCACUGUAUGUUUUUGUUUUCCCGAAAGCAGCUGAAUUGAAAGACAGGUGUAUAUAUCAUAUUUGCUUCCACCAUGUUGGACACUUAAAGGCCUGAACUAGAAAACCAAAAACAAAUGCAGUACAUGAUUAUGGUAAUUACUGCAGAGAAACAAGCCACCGUCUAUGGCAACAACACAGCUGACAGGACAAAAAAAGUCCUAUUUCCAGAAAAACUGUAUUUAACUUUCUACAAAUUAUGACUCAUGAACACAACUGCAAAAUAAGCAAGUGAAAGACAGCGGAAUAGAGUAGAUUUAUUUAUGCCAACAGUUGCUUGGAUUUGGUUCCUGCAGUAUUUCUGACAAUCUGUGAAGAUUUUCAGUCAUAAUUUAAAGUCAGAAUUAAGCAGAGAGGGAAAGUGCUUUUUGCCUCCAGGAUUUUGUGUUCCACAUACUUGAGCUCGCUUUUGAAAGUGUUUUAUUUAUUGAUUUUUUUUUUCUUGGUUGUUACAUUAGACACACAUUUUCAUCUUCAUGAAGUGCACAUCCCCUCAGCUUAUUUUUCUGUUUUGUUAAAAUAUCACCAUCAGGGACUAUGUUAACAAUGUGGACUGUACUGUAAUAGCCACAAAUGUGUGUGAAAAUGCCUCUUCAGUGUUUUGUAAAUUAAUUGUUUCUUUUUUUAUUUUUAUUUUUUUUUUGCAACCCCUCUUUUUAUAAGGGUACUUGUUAGUUGUUGCCUGACUGUUUUUAUUUUGUAUGCAUGGGUGAAUGUGGAAAAGCAUUACAUUUUUUGAAAUAAAAACAGUAAAAGUAGACACCAGUGUAUAUGACGAACCUUUUUUAGAAGGUUCAAAUGAAGCCAGGAUGAAAGUGAAGAGAUACACAGGAGUAACAUGAAAUAAAAGUACUAUAUUC